UGAUAUGAAUUUAUAUUGGCACCGUGUUUGAUCUAUACGUCAAAAUGUCUACAUUAUGUAUAUAUACAAAUACAUAAAGGCAGUCACUGAAGGGGGGGCGUGGUAAUCAGAAAAGCAGCCAAUCCAAACCAUCCAUUUUUUUACCACGUCAUUUUUGAAACCCGGAAUAACAACAGUCUCUCAGAAACACUGCAGAGUUUAUGUCAGUGUGUGUGUCGGACAUGUUAAUUGAAAAGCGGGAAUGAAGUCGGCUCUGCUUCACGUGUCGGUCCCGUUUGUGCUCUGUGUUGCCUUGGCGACCACGAGCCUGUUUGACGGAGUCCAGGUGGAGCUGUCUUAUGAGCACUAUGCAGAGCAGAGGGUCGACUACCUGCCCGCCUUCCUGGCGAUGCCCUGCAACUGUCUGGUUAACCUGGCCUACAUCUACAUGGGACUGUGUUGGCUGCUGCGGCACACCGGCGUCAAAGAAACGGAACGGGGCCGGUACAUGAGACAAGUGUUCGCCCUCAUGGCUGUCCUUUACGCUCCCGUGCAGUGGACGCGCUUGGCGGUGCUGCGGCGCGCUCCCGCGGUGCUCGACCAGUGGUUCACCUUACCUAUCUUCGCGUGGGUUCCGGUGUGGCUCAGCUUCAUAGAGCGCGGGCCGGUGAAGUGGCGCGCGUGGCACGCAGUGGCGCUCGAGCUGCUGUCUGUCCUCAGCUACGGCUUGGCGCUGGCGCACGAGCGAGGCUUUGAGGUGGCGCUGGGGUGUCACGUGGCCUUCGCGGUGUACAACGGUGUGCGCGUGCAGUGGGAGCACGGGGACGGCCGCACGCGCAGAUACCUGCUGCUGGCUGUGCUGUCGUGCGCGGGCUUCGUGGUGUUGAAGCUGCUGGAUCACUGGCUCGCUCAGUACCGGCUCUUCCAGCGGUUCACCGGACACUUCUGGUCCAAAGUGUGCGACGUGCUGCAGUUUCACUUCAGCUUCUGUUUCCUAAGCGCAAUGACAGAGAAGACACCGGGAAAGACUGCAGCACAGCGGGACUGAGAGGACACGAGGGGCCAAGGAGCACGCUGAUGUUUGAUAAGAAAACUGAAUGAAUGUCAGACAUAGUAUGUUGAUACUGUCACUGAGGUCACUUUGCUAUUAAAACAAAAUCCCUCCA